CACGGUACGUCGUGUUCCCUGUGUUCCUAACAGCAGCAGUAGCCGACGGAUCAGAGAACAGAUGGAGCAACUUUGAAGUGUUUGGCCAUACGUUUCCCUGAACAACAGACAACGCUUUUGCUUUCACUUCCUCAGUUUGGACAGACUUUGGAGAGGAAAGUACCGUUCACCAUGGCUGCUGCUGCUGCUGCUACACCCACCAAAGGCAGCCUCCGAGAGGACCUGACCUGUGCCAUUUGCUGCGAUCUCUUCCGGGAGCCUGUCAUGUUGGCCUGUAUGCACCAUUUUUGCAAACCCUGUAUCACCAGAUACUGGAGAGGAACACAGGGCCCUGUAACAUGCCCGCAGUGCCGCAAGGAGUUCAGCACCAAGCACUUUCAAACCAACUACCUUGUGACAGCCAUGGUGGAGAAGGUCAGGGCCACCACCUCUGACACUUACAUCAAGAAUCUAGAGAAACAACUGAAACAGGCUUUGGAGAGUCAUCGCCUGAGGAAGGACGACUUCAUCAAUAACAUUCGUAGAGACAAAGACAAGAUGGAUACCAUAAAGAGAGUCAGAGCAGAUCUGCAGGCUCGUGUCCAAGGGGAAUUCCGAGCACUUCAUCAGAUCCUGCACGACGAAGAGGCCUGUAUGCUGGAGCAGCUAAAGAGAGAGCAGGAAGCAGAGCUGGAGAAGGUGCAGCGCCACCUUGAAGCUACCGAGCAGGCUGUGAGGGACCUGGAGGAAAAUAUGACAGCGCUCCAGCAGGCUUGCACUGCCAAUGAGAACACGGUGCUGAUUGAGCUCCCACAGCUUAGGGCAUGGGUGCAGGUUGACAUGGCUGCGGAGUUUGAUAUAAACGCUUUCAGCAACAAAUACAUGGCUCCGUUACAGUACAUCUCAUGGAGAAAGAUGUUCAAGUCCUUGAAUCCAGGUCCUUCACCAUUAACAUUUGAUGUUGACACAGCGCACCCGAGUAUUUUAGUCUCCAGAGACAAAACCGCGGCGGUCGAAUGUGACAGCAUGAUAUCACACAAGGACUACAACAAGCGCUUCCUCCAGUGUGUCAACAUUCUGGCUGCCCAGGGCUUCCAGUCAGGCCGACACUACUGGGAGGUAGAAGUUGGCCCCAAGUCCAAGUGGGACAUUGGGGUGGCUUCCGAGUCUGUAGACAGACGCACUCGGAUCAAGCUGAGCCCCGAAAGCGGCUACUGGACACUGAGGCUGCGUAACGGAAACGAGUACUCAGCCGGCACCCAGCCCUGGACGAGACUGCGGCUCGCCUCUUCCCCUAAGAAGAUCGGGGUUUUCUUAGACUACGAAGAGAGGAGGGUGUCCUUCUUCAACGCUGAUGACAUGAGCCUGCUCUACUCUUUCACCAACGGGCCUAGAGGCAAGGCGUUCCCCUUCUUCAGCCCGUGCAUUACCGACAGCACUCAGAGAUCUCAGCCUAUCCAGCUCCUCCAUUACCCACCUGUCGCUCUGUCUGGCUAACAGGGGGUUGAUGCAGUCAAUACAAGCUUUUCAGUGUGUAAGCUGUCCAUUCACUUAUUGACCAAAGACUGUUAUCACUCAGCUAUUAGAGGAUGAAGUACUGCCCUCGUUUAAAUCGUGGUCCCAUAUUACAAGAGUUUAAAAUUCCAGGCUGUUCUCAUAAGACAUUUAAUCAAUUCCAUAUUUAAAUGAUUUUAUGUUGCCAGAUGCUGCUUUUCAAUCUUAAAUGAACAUUUAAAAGCCUUGGAAAGCUAUGAAAGGUGCCAUAUUCACCAUGUAAAAACAUCCAUUGUGCUGUAAACUCUCUGAAGAGGCUCAUUCAGUUUGCAUUUUGGCAAAAUGCGAUGGAACACUCAGUAGGAAAAGCAUAACAAUAUAAUACUCUGCUAUUUUGGAGCGUAUACAAUGAAGUUUAGUUAGUUUGGAGUGUAUAUAGUGAAGUUUAGUGAGUUUCAUUUCCAAGCGUACUGGAACACUGCUCAACCAAAUAUCUCGAACAGCUGUAGAUAGUUGAACUUUCAAAUGAUAAUCUGAAUAAUUAUAUCUCAUCAGUUCAGACUGUCAUUAGGCUCACUUAUAAAAUGGUUUUUUGAUCAUCGUUGUGUUUAAUCAGCAUGAAGGAGCCGCACACUUCAUUGUGAGAUUUUAUGUUUGAUUAAAUGGUUCUUCAUGUUUUAUACAUCGGUCUGAAAUGAAACUGUUUUUCCUUUUUUUUUAAUCAUUUUAGAUUACUUUAACUUCACAGUGCUGUAUGAAUUCUUUAGUUGUGUCUUCAGUCUGUAAUCAGUGUAUCAUCUAUCAAAGAUCUGUUGAUUUGUCAUCAUUUCUACAUUCAUCUUAUAAGUGGCUACAUUUGAACAUGUGGUACAUGCAUGUUGACUAUUAAUUUGUAUAACUCAAGGAAAUACUAAAAUGUAAUUCAAGUAAGGAUUCAAUUUCUGGAGUGUAUUCUACUUUGCAGACAUUGAAUUUUAUAAAAUUCCAUGUUAAAUCACUUCCUGAUUAAUGACUCAAUUAUUGUAAAACAUGCAGAUGCAAAUAGUAAACUGAAUCACUUUUGCUUAAAUAAACACCGUCUUUGAUUCUGCUC